GGUUCAGUCCAUGAUAGCGGAAGUUCUGACCUCGGACCGGAGGAGGAGCAAGUGAAGUUCCAGACACUCGCUCGAGUUUGUGUUGAUUUAUGUAAGACGACAGCAGACGCGCCGCAGAGAGACUCCGAGAUGCGGAGAAAGCAGAAGAGACUGCUGCAGAUCGCGCUGCUGCUGCUGCUGGCCUUGCUGUUGCUGCCGAACGUGGGCUUGUGGUCGGUGUAUCUGGAGCGAAUGCUGGACAGCUCUGCGGACGCCGCCGGACUCUCGCACGCACAGAGAAUGAACAAAGUGCAGAACGAUGGCAUUCGGAAAAAGGACUGGCAUGACCAUGCAUUUAUUAAGAGCGAAGCGGCACGUUCAGGUGUCGGCGAGCAGGGCAGGCCGUAUCCGCUGACCGACUCGGACCGUGUGGACCAGGCCUACAGGGAGAACGGAUUCAACAUAUUCGUCAGCAAUCGCAUCGCCCUCAACAGAUCCCUGCCUGACAUCAGACACCCGAACUGUAAGACGAAGCUGUACACGGAAGAUCUUCCCAACACCAGCAUCAUCAUCCCCUUCCAUAACGAGGGCUGGUCGUCUCUGCUGCGCACGGUUCACAGCGUCCUCAACCGCUCGCCGCCGCAGCUCAUCGCCGAGAUCAUCCUCGUGGACGACUUCAGCGACAAAGAGCAUCUGAAGGCUCCUCUGGAGGAGUACAUGGUGCGGCUGCCGAAGGUUCGAAUGCUGCGCACUAAGAAGCGUGAGGGUCUGAUCCGGACCAGACUGCUGGGCGCCGCGGCUGCGAGGGGUCAGGUCAUCACGUUCCUGGACUCACACUGCGAGGCCAACGUCAACUGGCUGCCGCCGUUACUGGAUCGCAUCGCACAUAACCGGAAGACGAUAGUGUGUCCGAUGAUCGAUGUGAUCGACCACGAUAACUUCGGCUACGAGACGCAGGCCGGCGAUGCGAUGCGAGGGGCUUUCGACUGGGAGAUGUACUACAAACGCAUCCCUAUCCCAGCUCAGCUGCAGAAACCAGACCCCAGCGAGCCGUUUGAGUCUCCGGUGAUGGCAGGCGGUCUCUUCGCUGUGGACAGGAAGUGGUUCUGGGAGCUGGGAGGAUAUGACACGGGUCUGGAGAUCUGGGGAGGAGAGCAGUACGAGAUCUCCUUCAAGGUGUGGAUGUGUGGUGGCCGUAUGGAGGACAUUCCCUGCUCACGCGUGGGUCACAUCUACAGAAAAUACGUUCCCUAUAAAGUGCCGGGUGGAGUGAGUCUCGCCAGGAAUCUGAAGCGUGUGGCCGAGGUGUGGAUGGACGAGUAUGCGGAGUAUAUCUACCAGCGGCGGCCGGAGUACCGGCACCUGUCCGCCGGAGACGUGUCCGCACAGAAGCAGCUGAGGAGCCGGCUGAGCUGCAGGAGCUUCCGCUGGUUCAUGACGGAGGUGGCCUGGGAUCUGGCCAAACACUAUCCUCCGGUGGAGCCUCCGGCCGCUGCGUGGGGAGAGCUGCGUAACGGCGCCUCCGGUCUCUGCAUGGAGAGCAAACACUUCUCCUCGGGCUCCCCGAUCCGUCUGGAGAAGUGUCUGAAGGGACGAGGCGAGCCGACCUGGAGUCACGGUCAGGUCUUUACGUUCGGCUGGAGAGAAGACAUACGGGUGGGAGACCCGCUGCACACUAAGAAGGUCUGCUUCGACGCCGUGUCACACAACAGCCCCGUGACGCUCUACGACUGCCACGGGAUGAAGGGGAACCAGCUGUGGGCCUACAGGAAGGAUAAGAGCCUCUAUCACCCCAUCAGUAACAGCUGUGUUGACUCUGAUGCUGCACAGAAGCGGAUCUUCAUGAACUCCUGCGAUCCCUCGUCUCUCAGCCAGCGGUGGCUCUUCCAGAACACCAACGCCACGGUCUUAGACUCCUUCAACAGCAAUCACAACGAAUAAUGCUGCCAAUAUGAACAUGAGAAUCCACCGGUCAGCUGAUGCCGGCGAGAGCUUCGUGAUCACGACGUGCCGCUGCUCUCCGAAGAGAGACGUUCCUGUGCCUUUACUGAACCGAUGAAACUCUGUUCUGAUCGUCUGACUCCAAACCGCUGGAGAAGCUGAAGCUCUGUGCUUCUCUCCACACUCCCAUCAUCAUCAUCAUCAUCACUUCUGCUGACUUUCACCCCGUUGACCUGAAAAUGAUCAGUAAGAGUGUUUGCAGGGCAGCGUUUGACUGAUGCUCUUCGUCUGCUUCGGUGCGUCUGAGGAACGUCUCAAAGACAGUGAUGUUGUCACUCAUUGGCAGACUGAGUGAUUGGAUUGUGCUUCUGUUCAGUCAUCAUCCUCCCGUCUCUGAUUCUUGUGUGCGGUUAACAGACGAGUCUUUACACAGAGUCAGAGCCUCAGACUGUCGGCUGCCUUGCAAACACGUCACAGUUUGUCCUUCAGAAAUGCUAAUCUGAUGCCGUCCCUUGUAAAGAUUAAGAGGUUUAUUUAUUUGACUGUUCUGAGUCAUUCCCCAGAAACACUGGGCUCAUCGUGAACGAUGAAACACCCACAGCAGCCUUUACUGAGCACUGUGUUUAAAACAUGAUUUUAUUAUCCAGCUUCUCUUUGUUGUGUUAACAAAUAUAGACGUAUUUGUUUUUUUCAUUUUGGAGGACAUAAUGUUUUAUUACAAAGGCUUCAAGGCGGUUAUGUGUCGAACCCUGUUAGCUAAAAUCAUGUACAGCUUCAUCAUUCAGAAGCGGUUAUAUUUUGUCAGGUUUGUCCAUCGGGGAAAUCUCAAAUAGUCAGUCCUGUUUUCAUGAUUUUGUACCGUAAACAACAAUGCAGUUAAGAAUCACUCCUGCACAGCAGAAGACUGUGGAACGACCGGAUUAUACUUUACUAGAUUAUUUGGUCAGCUGCAUUUUCUGCUGUUUGCUUCUCCCCCGUCUGUCUCUGAUAUAACCAGCUGAGAUCCACUGGUUCUCAGUAACUGCUGGCACCCAAAGACGGAUCCUGCAUGAUGCUGUUUCUAAUGCACAUGAGCAACACGAUGUGUAACUUGAAUCCAGUCGACGUGCCUUGCUGAAAGAUGCUGCUGUGACGCACAGCACACUAGUCUAGUUCUCUACAUUCAGUGUUGUUGAGCGUUUGACCCGUUUUUACCAUUAAAUAUUUUUACAGAUUAUCUGCCAAGCACUUUGAAAUGUUUCUUUGAUCCGAUGCUGUUUUAAAGUUGAUCUGUCCAGCACUUUCAGACGGUUCUUUGUCCAGAGCCUGUUUUCGAGUAUUAACGAGUUUGUAAUUUCUGUCGAUUCUAAAGAGAGCCCUGGGUUUCAUAAUGAAUUAUUGCUAUUGUGUCUGGUGGACCAGUGUGUCAGACGCACAUGUGAAUAAUUAUAGAGUUUAAUACUGAGCUUAAUAACUGAGUUUAAUACUGGAGCUUUUGAACUGAAAUGUUUAAGAACCAGCUGUUGGUUUGUUAUGGUGUAAAACUCCUGCCUUGAUGAGUUUCCAGACGUGUGUGUG